AUGCCUUUGAAUAUCAUCGGGAGUAUGGUCCUUGACGGACCUGACGUGCUUCCAGGCUGGCAGUACCUCAAAAGUUACGGUCCUUUAGUGGCCUUGGUUGGUGGUUUGAAGUACUACUUCCGCGGUAACACCAACACUUGGGACAGAGACCUACACGGGGAGUUGUACAUUGUUACAGGGGGUACUUCUGGGCUAGGUGCUGCUGUUGUGGAUGAAUUGGCUGCUCGUGGUGCGCAGCUCAUCUUGCUGGUGCGAUCUACUGAGGAUUCAUGGCUAACAGAUUAUGUCCAGGAUUUGAGAGAUAGACAUUCAAAUCUUUUGAUCUAUGCAGAAGAAUGUGAUUUAUCAUCAUUGUAUUCCAUUAGAAAAUUUGCCACUGCCUGGCUAGAUAAUGUGCCACCAAGAAGAUUAGAUGGUGUUAUUUGUACAGCGGCUGAAAGUUUGCCAUAUGGUAAAGAGCGUGAGAAUUCAAUUGAUGGGAUAGAGAUCCAAACAGCGGUUAAUUAUGUUGGUCAUUAUCACCUUUUGACAUUGUUAUCGCCAUCAUUGAGAGCACAAAUACCGGAUAGAGAUGUUCGUGUGAUCUUGACUACAUGUAUUUCACAAGCUAUGGGUGAUUUGGAUAUAAAUGAUCCAUUGUCAAUGACUAAACGUUAUCAAAAGAAUAAACCUUGGAGAGUCUUUGGUACUUCAAAAUUAGAAUUAGGUCUUUUCGCUAAAGAGUUUCAAAGAAGGUUAUUAGCUAUACCUAGAAAAGAUAACAUGCCGAAUAAUGUCAGGGUCAAUGUUGUUAAUCCAGGAUUUAUGAGAUCACCAAGUACCAAAAGAGUGUUGAGUUUUGGUUCAUUGUUUGGAUUAUUGAUUUAUAUAUUGCUGCUGCCAAUUUUAUGGAUUUUCUUGAAAUCUCCACACCGUGGUGCACAAUCAUUUUUCUAUGCAUUGAUGUGUCCAGAUUUUAUUAGUUUAGAUGGUGGUAACUUUAUCUCUGAAUGUGCUAUCUAUCGUCCGGCUAGAAAAGAGUUUGAAGAUGCUGAAUUACAAAAAGAGUUGUUUGAUAAUACUGCUAAACUGAUUGAGCAAAUCGAAAAAGAUUCUGCUUAUAAGCGUAAAAAGGCUGAAUCUACAACAAAAAAGAACCACAAGCAAAAUGAAAAGACAGAGAAGGACAAAAAUAAAGAGAAUAAAUUUGAUAGCAUUAAACUACAGGGAAGUACUCAAAAAGAUGAUGUUCCAUUAUUUCCAGAGUUUGAUUCUAAUGGUAAACCUUCAAACAACGAAAACAGCAACAAAAGCACAAGUAAAACUAAAAGUGGUAAAAAGAAUAAGAAGGGAUCCAGGAAAGUAUAG